CAGAGGAUGAAUGCGAAAGAGCGCGAAUUGUAUCGCGACGUCCAGAAUGCGACCGAGUGGCUCUUAAUGGGCAUGAAGCAGAUUGGCGAUGCCGGAGCAGAGGUGAUUGCUGAGGCACUCAAGGAGGUGAACACGUCGCUGACUGGGCUCAGUUUGUACCAGAAUCAGAUUGGCGAUGCUGGAGCACGAGCGAUUGCAGAAGCACUCAGGCUCACUGCUGAAGCGGGGAUGGGCAGUUUGUACCAGAAUCAGAUUGGCGAUGUCGGGGCGCAGGCACUAGCUGACGCACUCAAAGUGAGCUCGACGGUGAAGGAGCUCCUUCUGGGUGGAAAUCAGAUUGGCAAUGCGGGAGCACGGGCGAUUGCUGAGGCCCUCAAAGUAAAUAGGACGCUGGUUGUGCUCCAUCUGACUCAGAAUCAGAUUGGUAACGAUGGAGUUCAGGCGAUUGCUGAGGCACUUCAAAUGAACACGACGCUGACUUAUCUCAAUCUCCAGUCGAAUUGCAUUGGCAGUGUUGGUGUUCAAGCUAUUGAGGAGGCACGCAAAGUCAACUGCACGAGUGAGGUUCACCUCGACAACCAGAUCAACCCACUUGCAUUUUCCACUUUUCCACAAUGCGCAACUGCUGAGGACACUCAGACCGUGUUCAACCUGCUGAUGAGCGGACAGGAGCUGGAAAAUGAGUUUGCAUCUCUACCGACAUUACCAGCUGAGAUUGCCGAGCGCAUCAUGGACGAGGCGUAUUACUGGCAAGGUGUGCAGUUCACGAAGCGAGAUCUGUUUUCAAGCAAUCACCCCGACCAUUUUCUGAAAGCCACCGUGCCUCGGAGCAUCAAUGGAAGUUCGAUUCGCGUGAAAGCAAUUCAAGUGCUACGUGACAGCGCCGACGCCACAAAUGGCGACCUCUUCCAUGUGAUUGUCCGGGAUGAGCAGGGUGCUGCUCGAUACGAAUGCUCUGCGAAACCGACGUUCGUUGAUUCAACCAUUGAGCUUGCGACAAUCUGGCCAGCGAGUCAUCUCAUCAUUCGACAAAUGCGCGAAGGCUGGGAGGUUCAAGUUCGGCCCAGCGAGUUUCCCUAUGAUGUGUUACAGCGCGAGGUGUAUGACAAAGUCAUGAAUGCGAGUGGAUAUACCUUGAUGAGGGAGUAUCGGCUUGGCGAUGCCGGAGCGCAGGCGAUUGCUGAGGCGCUCAAAGUGAACACGGGGGUGACUACGCUCGUACUUGGUGAGAAUCAGAUUGGCGAUGCUGGAGCUCAAGCUAUUGGUGAGGCACUCAAAGUGAACAGGACGCUGACCGAGCUCCUGCUGAGUGAAAAUCAGAUUGGGGAUGCUGGAGCGCAGGCAGUUGCUGACGCACUCAAAGUGAACACGUCGCUGACCGAGCUCAGUUUGGACCAGAAUCACAUUAGCGAUGCUGGAGCACAAGCGAUUGCUGAAGCACUCAUCGUGAGCACGACGCUGAAUUCGCUCUUUCUGCGUCAGAAUCAGAUUGGGAAUGCAGGAGCACAGGCGAUUGCUGAAGCACUCACAAAAAAUACGACGUUGACUGAGCUCCAUCUGAGCACGAAUCAGAUUGGCGAUGCUGGUGCGCAGGCAAUUGCUGAGGCACUCAAAAUGAACGCGAUGGUGACUGAGAUCGGUCUGCGUGAAAAUCACAUUGGCAAUGCUGGAGCGCAAGCGAUUGCUGACGCACUCAAAGUGAACACGACGCUAAGAUAUUUAAAUCUAUCCCAGAAUUGCAUUGGCAGUGUUGGUGUUCGAGCGAUUGACAAGGCCCACAAAGGCAACAACACGCAUGCCAUUCGCAUUGACGGCCAGAUUAGCCCUCUCGUCUUUUCCACACUUCCACGAUUCGCAACUGCUGAAGAAAUUCAGACCGUUUUUUGCUUGCUAACGAGCGGACUGGAGUUGGAGGAUCAAUUAGCAUCUCUACCGGCACUCCCGGACGAGCUGGCCGAGCGCAUUGUGGACGAAGCGUGUUACUGGCAAGGCGUGCAACAUACCAAACGAGAGUGGUUUGCGGACGAUACCCCCGAUUCUAUUCUCAAAGUCACAGUGCCUCGAACCAUCGACGGAAAUUCGAUCCGUGUGAAAGCAAUUCAAGUGCUUCGUGACUGGAACAAACAGCCCCGCACCACCGGUGACAUUGUUUUUGAUUGGAUUGUCCGAGAUGAGCAAGGGGCUGUUCAAUACGAAUGUGCUUCCUCGCCAACGCUCGUCGAUUCGACCGUUGCGCUUGUGACACUCCAGCCACCGGGCCAUCCCAUCAUCCGACGAAUGCGCGAGGGUUGGCAAGUUCAAGUCCGACGCAGCAAGUCUGUCCAAGAUAUGCGAUUCGAGUUGCUAUAUGUCGGAUAUACAUGUAUCUAGUGACAAUCUUUGGAAAAGUUGGGGAUGCCA